AUGGCUGUUUCGAACAAAGACUACCCUCUGACGGGUGUAGUCAUCUGCUUUACAUCCGUACAAAUUGAGAAGAGAACUCCGUUGACUCAAAUGGCCGAACAAAUGGGCGCGAUGCACAGUAUCCACCUUACUUCGGACGUAACCCAUUUGCUUGUGGGUGACACAAACAGCGACAAGUACAAAUUCGUUGCAAGGGAACGGAAUGACGUGGUGGCAAUGAACCCGGAAUGGAUCGAGGCCGUACGACAUUCAUGGACGCAGGGAGAGGACAUAGACAUACAGGCGCUGGAGAAACAAUUCAGACUGGCAACAUUGCAUGGCCUCAAAAUCUGCAUCACUGGGUUCUCGGACCUUCCUUUCCGAGCCUACAUGCAGAAGACAACAGAGGAGAACGGGGCCGAAUAUCGGAAAGACCUGACCAAAACUGUGACACAUCUUAUUGCGCGCAACUCGGACGGUGAAAAAUACAAAUUCGCGACACAAUGGAAUAUCAGAGUUGUUUCGGUAAAAUGGUUUACGGACAGCAUCGAGCGUGGAAUGAUCCUGGACGAGCAGAAAUAUCACCCGCUGGUACCACCCGCAGAACAAGGUGUUGGGGCAUGGAAUCGAUCCUCACCGACAGAGAGGGAGCCUUCUAGGAGGGACAGCACUACCAAAGAGAACUCUUUGAAUCCACGACCUCGGAAACUACGCAGGAUUGCAAGUACCAAGCUGGUAGAUCAAAACGAAAGCAUCUGGGGAGAUAUCGUCGGAACAGGAUUCGAUAACAACGAGACGACUGGACCCCCAAAGAACCCACAAGGACAAGGACCAUUUGAAGCCUCGAAGCCUGUUAUACAGGCAUAUCAGUCAUUCGCCAGCGAGACUACGUUUUCUGAAAGCACCCAGUCUCGUCUUCCGCUACCAGCUGCUCCACCAAAAGACAACGGAUUUCUACACACGACGUAUUUCUUCAUUAAUGGAUUCUCUUCCAAGCAGACUAAAGUUCUGCGUGAACAUCUCACUUAUAAUGGAGCUCAGUUGGUGGAUUCACUAAAUGAGUUCUCUAGCCCUACUAUUCCAAAAACAGGGCAUGGGCUGUUCAUCAUGGUGCCGUAUCAGACUCCUACGUCAGAGAUUCCGUCAACGGAUGAAAUGGCUUUUGAAUGCGAGGUCGUGACAGAGAUGUGGCUGGAAAGAUGCAUUGAUGCUCGAGCUUUUGUUCCACCCGAGUCUCAUGUGGCGAGCACUCCAUUCCCUAAGUUCCCUAUAGCAGGAUUUCCGGAAUUGCGGAUUUGUUCCACCGGCUUUGGACGUAUCGAUCUUUUACACCUACGCAAACUGGUAGAGUUGAUGGGCGCCACAUAUGGAGAUUUCCUGACGCAAAAAGCAUCCGUUCUGAUUUGUAAUGAUCCCAAAACAGCCAGCGUAGACAAACUACGGCAUACUGCCGAAUGGGGGGUCCCAGCAGUGUCUGCUGACUGGCUCUGGAUAUCUAUACAAGCUGGCCAAAAGAAGCCAUUUGAGCCAUACAUUGUCCGACGACAAUUACCCCAAAACACUAGCAGCAUAGAGAAACUCGGUUCUUUAUCUGCUAAGCGAAAGCAGCCCGACAGACAUAUUGAUGAACCGCAAGCGGAUUCCCCGUACAACACCUCUACCGAGUCUACGAAUGGUGGUAGAACCGGGAAGCGAAAUUUAGGAAAGAGCGCUGCAAGCCGAACAAUACCCAUUGUCGGCGACGGCUUUGAGGCCGAUGCACCAAAACCCUCCGUUCCAGAGUCUCGAUCUCCAACCCCGGCCAGAACACCGGACAAACAAACCCUGGAGGAACCGAAUACCAAACAGCCCACGCCAAGUACCGACUCGGCACCACCUACUGCCCCAUCCGCACUGGAUACCGCUCUGAGCGGGCUCCUACAGCAAGCCCGAGCGGCCAAGUCACGACAGCAGCCCGAGAGCACUACGACCAAUGAUGACGGAAAUCCACCCCGACGAAAGCGCAAGCCCCUCCUCGGCCGUGCCCCAUCCCACUCUUCAGCCCGAAUGCUAGAAGGUCCGCGCCCCGUCUCACGCGCCAGCUCAAUCGACACACUUAAUGACGACGGCCUCGGCAGCGCCUUGGAAAGUGCCCACCCGACCAGAGACAACUCCAUAUCCCGCAGCAACAGCCGUGCCGAACAGAGUUUGUCAUCCAUGCUCAGCGGGGGGAAGUUUGAUUUCCUGAAUGAUAAACUUCCACCUCAUACCGAGGACGAAGAUGAGGAAAACCAGGCACCGCAGAUGACGCAGCUGGAUUAUGAAGAUCCCGAUGCGGCUGCCAUGAGGGCGGAGUUCCUGAGGGAUGCUGGGAAGUUGUCUGGUAAGACUAUGAAGACCGAUAGCUCGGGGUUGCUUGUUGGUGAAGUGCGGGAGCUGGAGGAUAUUGGGUGGGGGUCUGGGCGGAGGACGAGGAAACAACCGCGUAAGGUAGACGAUGAAUGA